AUGAAGGAUGAAGUCUUCUUUCGAAAACUUGUGGCAGAUGGGGAGGGGGUAGGAGAAGAACGGCGUUUCCAACAUGUUAUAUCUUUUUUGCGAGAAAUUCAAUUCGCGGCAGAAGAUAAAACAGCUGAGGCUAUUAAAGCUUUGAAACAGGUAUCUUUUUUUUUUGAUUCCAAUUGAAAACCUUUAUGGUUACAAUUAACACACGUUCUCUGAGAUUUUCGAAAAUACGUUGGUACAACAAUUUGCAAGUUUGUUUUUUCGAGCUGAAACUCAUGUCACAUAUACUAUGCGACCGUCUUAAUACAUGACAUCCGGUUUCGAAGGCUCCGCCCACUGUCAGGGUUAUGGUAGAGAAAAUACCGUAAAAAGCUAACUUUUUUCCUGGUCGAGCAAAUCGGUUCAAACCAACUGUAACGCAAAGAGCACGUCAUUUUGAUCAUUUUUCAUGUUGGAAACUACUUUGGAAAAAAUUUUCUUCUUCGCAGUUUUUGAGCUCUACUAAAACGGGGACCCCCCAAUGGCCUUGAUUUUUAUUUUCUUAAUCGAUGUAUUGAGGUCUUGGGUAUUCGAAAAAAAUAUCCCUAUAUUCAAGUUUUAAGUGUCGUAGUACAUCACCAUCUCAAAGAACGCGUCCAACUUGAAAUUGGUCGAAACUUCAAAAAUCCAUAACUUCUUUGAGAGUUUGAUUUCAGUUGAGUUUUUUUGUUCUGGAUGUACUACAACCAACUUGUUUUCAACUCAGGACAGUAGAAAGUGGAAAACGGAAACUUGAAAAAUUUUAAUUUUCAAAUUUUCGAUUUUUGGACUUUUUUGUUUUUCACCCAGUUUUUCCGUUUUUCAGCUCUUCUGAGGAGAAGACCCUAGAAGGCCUGGAAUUUUAUUUGAUAAAAUGAUCAAUAGGGUCUUGCUUAGCUCAGAAAAAACAUUCCCGUCUUCAAGUUUUAAGUGGUGCAGUUGACCACCGAAGCGCCGAAGCUGACGACCUCAAAAUCGAGUAAAGAGGAAAAGAUUCAUAAACUCAGUUUUUUCUCUUGAAAUUGAUUGGUAUCUUUCCCAAAACUUUUCUUGUGUGCAUCUCAUUGAAAAAAUGCAUGUUGCCUAUGAAAAAGGAAAUUUUUUUUGUCUUUUUCAAAAUUUUCCACUUCAAGGUACAUUUUCCGGCCUGAGAAUUUCCAGUGUUCGAUUUUCUGAGUGAAACUUUUCUCAUGUGUUUUCUGGACCUUGCAUAUACGUGUCGGUAAAAAAAAAAAUUCACUUGAAACUCGGAGAAAAAAGGAAGAAUCCGCUCAGUAUCUCGUAUUUCUGGACUUUUUGAAGACCCUUUUUGAUAGUUUCUUGUGGCAAAAGGUUUGAAAAUUUGUACUGAGCUCAUUACAAUGCAAUCCGGUAAACUCUGAAGAAACUUCAGCGUAAAUCGUGUCAAGACCCACAUAUACCACGGAAAGAGCGCUACCUAGUGUUUUAAUUGGUCAUUUUUGCUUAAAAAUUUUGGUAAAUAUUUCGAAAAAUUAUACCUCAUUGGCAAUUGCGAGCUCAUUAAUUUAGAACUAACAAAAAAAAAGCUUUUCCUAAAGCUAGAAAAAAAGUAUAAACACAAUAAAAGCAAUUUUAUAAUUCCAGGUCUUCUAGAGUCUUCUCCUCAGCAGAGCUGAAAAACGGAAAAGCUGGGUGAAAAACGAAAAAGUCCAAAAAUCGAAAAUUUGAAAAUUAAAAUUUUUCAAGUUUCCGUUUUCCACUUUCUACUGUCCUGAGUUGAAAACAAGUUGGUUGUGGUACAUCCAGAACAAAAACUCAACUAAAAUAAAACUCUCAAAGAAGUUAUGGAUUUUUGAAGUUUCGACCAAUUUCAAGUUGGACGCAUUCUUUGAGAUGGUGAUGUACUACGACAAUUAAAACUUGAAUAUAGGGAUAUUUUUUUCGAAUACCCAAGACCUCAAUACAUCGAUUAAGAAAAUAAAAAUCAAGGCCAUUGGGGGUCCCCGUUUUAGUAGAGCUCAAAAACUGCGAAGAAGAAAAUUUUUUCCAAAGUAAUUUCCAACAUGAAAAAUGUUCAAAAUGACAUGCUCUUGGCGUUACAGUUGGUUUGAACCAAUUUCGACCAAGAAAAAAGUUAGCUUUUUACGGUAUUUUCUCUACCACAACUCUGAAAGUGGGCGGAGCCUGUCGAAACCGAUUGUUAUGAGUUGAAGAGGUUAUGUAGUAUCUCUGAUAGUGAAACGAGCUCUGAGGAACCAACUUGAAAUUUUUGUACUAAGAGAUUUCUCAGUUCAUCGAUUUUCUGGGAGAACGUGUGUUAAAUGAUAAAUGUUUACUUUCGUAAACUUUCCAAUCAAGUUUUAUAUUGGUAAUAAAAUUACAAUUUUUGAUUUUCGAAGCAAUUUCGGCGAUUUCAAAACGGACGUGUUAUUAGUUUGAAAUGAUUUGGCGAAAUAGGUAGUUGAGUUCUGGGAGCCGUUAUAAAAUGGUUAUAUAACAAAAUACCGCGAUAUUUAACCCUUUUUAAACGCCCCCCUGAGAAAAUAUUGAAUUUCUUAACACUUAAAAAACUUCAGCGAGCUAUGCGAUUUAGAAGUUUCUCUAAUAGUUCUUGUUUUAGAGGGAGAUAAAUGAAGUAAAGUUAGUUUCAAAAUGCUUUCUUGGUGUUAAUGCCUUGUUCAAAAGGAUUUCCGCGAGAUUCAAAAUUAUAUCUGACUCCGUAAUUUGGUUUUUCACUUCCUGACGGCUACCUUGAACUUUGCGGAGACACUCACGACAAAAAAAAACGUUGUCGGAAAAGCAUAAAAAAACAUUUUUUUUUAGUUAGAAGCCAUGGAGAUAUCGAUAUCAAAACAGAAUCAGGUCGCGGACAUGAACCGAGUUGAAACAAACCGUUUCGUUGAGCUUGCUAAUAACGUCGAUUACGAGGUAACCGGUUUUCCAUCACUUCUUUUUUCGUUUAAAUGUUAUUUUUAUUUCGCAGAAAGCUUUUUGUCCAAUUAAAAUAUCAUUCUCGACCUAUUAGAAGAUAGUUUAUAUCUAAAAAUACUGUCACAAUCUAAAAAUUAGUAGCAAUCAUUUUAAGAAACAAUAAUUUGAAUAUAUUAGCUCCCCCAAUCUUAAAAGUUCGCGAAAGUCAUGGCGGUAUUUUUUGUACUCAUCGAUAAAAACAAUGAGCUUAUUAACUUAAAACCGUUUUUGGGAAUUGACUGAGACAGAGAUUAAGUUAUUCGAGUUAUUUUACUUUCUCAGUCGCUAAAAAUCGAUAAAAACUAAAAUGUUGAUGAACGUCUGAAGGCCCGAUAGCGACGCUCAGACCGAGGAAUUUUUGAAUAAAAAUCUGUGUGGAAUUUUUUUUUCAUCACAAUCCCACUGAUCUUUGGAUAGCGGACCUAAAGCUGCAGGCAGUUCACCAGAUAUUUAAAGAAGAAUAUAGACAAAUCAACAUAACUUUCUUUCUGUAUAAAAUAUAUUCUCUUAUUUAAAAAAAAACUCAAAUUUUUGGAGAGAACGAUCAAUUUGAAACAUAUUAAAGCAACGUAACGCCCGAAGUUCAUCAUCCCAAAUGGAGAUCUUCUAUUUUUCUAAAAGCCGGCCGUAUGUGAUAUUUUGCACGAUAUUUUGUAGUCUAAGAAUCUUCGAGAGACUUGAUUAGCGAAAACUCUAUGCGUAGUCUAAAUCUUUAAUCAUCCAAAAAUGAAUGGUUAGUGAGAUUUUGAUAAGUUUGAAGGAUAUUUAAAUACCAAAAAUAUCGAAGUUUCUAGAAAUUUAUGAAAAACCCAGGAUGUUACACCUCAUUCGUUUUCAAAGGUAUUAUAGUCAAUGUUUCCCGACUUGAAAGGCGAGGGAGGCGGGGCAAGGGGCGGGACGCGUAGCGUGUGCGUUCGCGGUUCUUGGCACGUGUUCAAUUUAAUUAUCGCCGACUAUUUAAAAAGCUCGGCAACCGCUCUUUUUCAAUGUUUUCUAUUAUUUUUUGAUGCAGACAUGAACACGAUCAAUAAAUAAUUGAAAAGGGAACGAAAAAAGCGAAAAACGGGUUUUCCAAAGAAUAGAUGGCGGUUGAAUUGAACACGUGCCAAGAACCGCGGACGCACACGCUACGCGUCCCGCGUCCCGCUCUUUGCCCCGCCUCCCUCGCCUUUCAAGUCGGGAAACAUUGACUAUAUAUGUAUUCUAUUUUUUUACCAAAUUAAUUAGAAAGUUAGAUCCAAAAUGAAUUUUCAAUUUCAAAUUAAAUUUUUUUUGAAGAAAUCAGCAAGUAGAUAGUUUAAAAAAACACGAAUAAAUUAGUUUUUAUCGGCUCUAUUUGAAAAAAAUGUCCGAAAUAAAAAUUCAAACUACUAUAAACCAAAAUGUUCAGGUUGGUGAAGCACAUCGAAAAAUGGAAGAGGCUAAAAAACGACUUUCUGAAGCAAGAUUAGUGCGGAAGUGAAUGUCUCCAAUUAAUUUAUUUUAUCGAAAAUGUUAAGGAAUCGACAAGAAUAUUCGACCGUUGUUAAAACGAUAGACGAGAUUCCUUCCAGGCCCGACACGGAAAGGUUUUUUUUUCAAUUUUUCUUUUCAAAUUUUUUGGUUAAACGUCUCUUGUAGAUCGUAUAGUCCGUUUCUCGCGACUUGAAAGGGCGGGACUUCUUUGCGCCCUCCUCAUCUCCCGGCGACCCUCUCAUGUUGACGUGCUGUUUUCGUGUUUCUCUGACCUCGCCGGUGAGGGAACAGAGAGACGCAGACACUUGAAAACUGUCAAGUCGCGGCGGACGGACUAUAUGAACUAAUGGUUACUCUUCAUUAUAUUUUUUUUUUCUUAAUUUACACGCUGAAAUUUCUUUUUGGUUGAAAAAAUUUGAUUGGCAGUUUUUAUUAUUUUCAAUUUAGACGUCUACUAGAAAUUCGAGAUGAGUUGGAGCAACAGCACGAACGACAACGAUGCUUGGAAGCAAAAGUGAGAUUUUUCGCAUACGUUUUUCACAGAAAAAAAAACCCGUUGCAGUUGAACGAAAGGAAGAACCAUCUCCAAGCUUUUAACAUAAUACUCUCCAACUUCCAGCAGUUUAUCACAGGUUAGAUGCUUAACGUCUAUUGCAGAUCGUAUGAACUAAGGGUUACUCUGAACUAAAGCGCUCUAAGAUUUUGAUUCUCUUUCGCAGCGUUCCAGAGCGGGGUUCAGCGCGCGAUAACUUGCAAAAAUGGGCGUGGCCUGAUCGCGUAAAUCCACCUAGUGCAUUGGCUCUUAGGAAUUUACGCUUGAAAAUGAAAGGAGAUUUUUUAAAUCAAUUUUUCAAAGGCUUUUUUUAUUUCUCCUUUUUUAUCUACUGGAAAAGGGUAAACGAAUUUCGGCACUUCAUCUUGAGAAGUCCUAUUGAAUUUCAGUUUGCUACUCAUUAAAAAAAGAGCAGACUGAAACAUUUUGAUACUUUUUGGAAAAAUUUAUUGAGAAGCCUUUAGACAAAAACUUACUUGAAAGAAUGAACAUAAUUUUGUGCAGGAAGUAAUUAGAAUAGGUUGGCAACGAAAUAAAACAAAAAGAAUCAGCAAAAAAGCUUGUAUCCUUAAAAUAAUAGAAAAAUUGUAAAUAUUGAAUUGAAACUGGAAAAAAUGAAAGUCGAUGGCGCACGCCCCGCAAUUCGUGCAAGGUCGGCACGCUUUUCAGCACAGCAGGCGUUAACCCCGCUUUGGAACGCUGUGCUUUCCGCAUUCUUUUUUCUCGCUUUCGGACUGCGAGAAAACGACGAAAUAGCAUACGGUUGACAAACACCAGUUCAGAGUAGCGAACUUUCUAACGGCGAUUUCACCGUUUUUUUUCAAACACGCUGAAAUAUCUCUAGCGAGCUUACUAAGAGCGUUUCCGACUAACAUUUUUCGACUUUUCCUUUUGUACUUCUUCUGUUUCUGCAUAUUUUCACUUAUUUUUCAUGAUCUCACUGAUUUUAUGAGAAGAUUCAAAACGAUAAAAAAAUGUCUGAAACUUCGCUGUAGGUGAUUUUAUCAAGUCCUAUUGGAAUUUCUCGUUUAUCAUUCAUUAUGUGUCAAUUACCCCUAUAGCCUAUUCACGGCUGGCUUGUGACGGAGAGAGAGAGAGCAGUUUUGAAUGCAUGUAAACAAAAUGUUAAUCCAGUAGAAACAGAUUUUAUUCGUGAAAUAGGGCUCUUAUUAAAGGCGCGUAGGAGCCGCUACGAUCUAUAGUCUGUUCAGAUUUUGAAUGUCAACCAGCUAGCUUCGCCCCUGCUGAGACGGUAUCUUUUCGCAUUGAUGUUUUAUCGAGCGGGACUAAUUUUGAUCUUUUUUGAUCUAAAAGAAGAAAAAUAAGUUUGACAUUUGACAUUCAAAAUCUGAACAGACUAUAAACCGGCCGUUCGCGGUUCCAAGCCUACCGUGGAAUAGUUAUUCCAUACGCAGAUAUUUUUUUUUCCUGAAAGAUAUGUCAGAAAAAAAGUGCCUCAAAUCUCGCAUGCUGAGCAGGUGUCUCAGCGGGUGUACCCGUAUUAAACCAAGCGGCGAUGGUAGAUCAUGGCGGUAAAAUAUGCGCCUCUAAUAAGAGCCUCAAUUGGUGAAUUAUUUCUGUUUCUAUUGAGUUUAUUUUAUGUUUGCAUUCAUUUCAUUGGUUUUUAGAUUCUCUUAGAUUGACGAAUAAUAAGAGAAAAAUAAAUAAGUCUUAAAAUGGGCUUUUAUGGAAGGCGCAUGGAUAGUCGUCAUGAUCUACUUUCGCCGCAAAAAUCGAACCGCCCGUUCGCUGUCCCAAGCCAGCCGUGAACGGGCUAUAAUUGUUUGAAUGAAAAAAGGACUGGAAUUUUUUUUAUAGAUGACGAUGAAGUUGGAGAUGACAAUGUGGAGCCCGAUGACGACAGAGAAGUGCCAGAUGAUAACGAGAAGAUGAAAAUAGAAAAACUAGAAACGAUUUGA